CACCAUAUGGCUAAUCUAUAUAUAGUUAAGAACUGAGGCAGACUUGUUAUCUCAGUCUACUUGUGUGGCAAUGAUGCAUUGUUUCCAUGAUGCAGGAGAUGAAAUGACUCGAAUUUUCUGGAAAUCUAUAAAAGAUAAGCUUAUUUUGCCCUUUCUGGAACUGGAUAUCAAGUACUUUGAUCUUGGCCUCCCUAAUCGUGAUGCCACCAGUGAUAGAGUCACAAUUGAAAGUGCAGAAGCUACUCUUAAGUACAAUGUAGCAAUCAAGUGUGCAACUAUAACUCCUGAUGAAACUCGUGUUAAGGAGUUCAACUUGAAACAGAUGUGGAGGAGUCCAAAUGGGACAAUCCGGAACAUUUUAAAUGGUACUGUUUUUAGAGAACCUAUUAUCUGCAGAAAUGUUCCCCGCCUUGUUCCAGGUUGGACGAGGCCAAUAUGCAUUGGGAGGCAUGCUUUCGGUGAUCAGUACCAAGCAACUGAUGCAAUCAUAAAAGGACCUGGGAAACUUAAAUUAGUUUUUGUACCUGAUGGGUCCAAUGAGAAGUAAGAAUAUGAGGUUUUCAACUUUACUGGUGCUG